AGACAAUGAGGACAAAGAGAUUAAAACACAGACAUGAGGCUAGUAACCCGGGCUUGUUUUUCCUUUUCUCUCGCUCGCUGCUACGUUCGUCGACGACCCCUCAAGCUGCGUCGCCGGUCGACGUAGUCUAUAACGAUGUCUCAUGAUCGCUGGAAUUCUCCUCCGCCUGGCUAUGGUGCUCGCUCCUCCGUCUACUCCUCCACGGCUCUGAAACCCUAUCUCGAGCUUCCGCAUUUGCUCUCCUUGACAUGGCUGGCCUAUCCAAUCCUUUCUUUACUUUUCGUCGCGUUCCGCCUCAAACUAUCUGCCGACUCUGCCCAAGACAGCAUCGCAUCUGCCAAAGAUGAUCUCUUGACUGCUUGCAAUGCUGCGCAGAAAGCAGCCACCUCUGCGGCGAGCAUGCCGCGCUAUCUCGCGUUGAAUGCGAAUGACCACAUCGCCGACGCCGUGAACGACACCAUGGAUCUCGCGCGCGAUGCCUUGACUGGUGCACUGACGGUCAUGGAGGCGAUCAUCAAUUUCAUUGUGGACACGUACCGCUCCACUUUCCUCUGCUUCCUGGAACUCGUGGUGCGUGGUGCACUGGACCUAUUGAUCGGUGCAGUUGAAGAGAUCAACACGUACAUCACGAGUCUAUUCAGCGGCAUUCGCACUGCGAUCCAGGGUAGUGUUGAAGGAGUGAACGACGUCAUUCAAGAGGUCGCCGAUGAAGUCAGCAAGCUCAAGGUCUUCGGCAAUCUCAACAUCUCCAAUAUUACCAUACCGGAGCUGAGCGAGCUCGAGAAUGUCACGCUACCGACAACGUUUCAGGAUGCGCUCCAGAAGCUGAACAGCUCGUUGCCUACUCUGUCUCAGCUGAAGAGCGACAUUGACGACUUGAUUGACACGCCGUUUGAGCUCGUGAAGAAAGAGAUCAACGAGACUUUUGCGAGUCUUUACUUCAACAAGUCUGUGUUACCGGUGCCUCAGCAGAACAGCCUCAGCUUCUGUGACGACAUGGAUACGUCGUGGGUGGACGACCUCGGGCAGGAUCUCGUCAAGAUUGCUGAGAUAGGCAUCGCCAUCAUUAUCGUGAUCGCGGUUCUGCUAAUUGCGGCGAACUGCAUGUUCGAGUGGUACAAGUGGCGCCUGCUCAAGAGGCACCUCCAGCGGACGCGCGAGGCAUGGAUGUCGGACCCCGCUGUCUACAAUAAGGGUUCGGCACCGAUGGUGGACAUGAGCGAUCACAACCUGCUGAUCCUCGCAGCGGACUCGCAGCACCCUCAUCUGAUGAAGAUUGCCAACGCCAUGUCCACUCUCUUUCGACUGGGUCCUUCACAGUAUAUCAACCUACGAUGGUUUCUUCACUACGUCUUCCAUCCACCCGCGCUCGCAUGUUUCCUCAUAGGGUUCUUCGGUCUGCUAUCGGUCGAGAUCCAACUUGCUGCUGUGCGGCCUCUCGCAGACAAGUUUUCCGAUGCGGCCAGCGAGUCGGUCUCGAACUUCACCUCCCUGAUUGCCACAAACAUCAACAGCAGUAUGUACAACGAAUCCUCUGUGUACGCAAGUACCAUCAACGCACGCGUCGACGCGGUGCAGUCGUCCCUCAAUGGCGGCCUGUUCGGCUGGAUCGACAACACGACAAGCACGCUCAAUGCAACGAUCAACAACUUCUACGAUGACCUUCAGGACGCCAUACAGACCGUUUUCAACGGGACAGUGCUCGAGAGCCCGAUCGAAGAGUUCAUCAAGUGCUUCAUCGGCGGCAAGGUCAACGACAUCGAGGAGGCGCUCACGUGGCUACACGACAACCUAAACGUGAAUUUACCGACGGUGAAUGAGUCUGCGCUCGUCCUGUCGCCGUCCGACAUCGACGAGAUCACCACGCCGAUCGCCGGUGCCGCGAUGGGCAGCGGCGACGGGGACGACGAUGGGAUUGUGGGCGAUAUCGUCAAUGCAUACAUCAAAUCCCUGAAGGAGGAGCGGCUCAUGUUCGGCAUCUUCAUGGCUUUGUGGGGCGUCGUCGUCCUCAUGGCACUCUGCAUCCUUUUCUGGUACUCGUACGGCCGGAACUGGGUUGAGGCGUAUAAUAGACGGCGGUGGAGGAAGACACAGCGGGAAGGACUCGAUACUCUCGUCAUACCCGUUCGCGAGAACAGCACCCAUGCCAUUGACAGAGAAUGGAAUAACAGCAUGCAGGGCAUGCAAAAUCCAGGGCGAUACAGCGAAUUUGGCGAAAAGGGAAGAGAUACCGGCUCGAGUUCUCUUCGUCGCGCACCAAGCGUGCGCAACCCCGAGUACGAGAAGAGUUGGGAUAGCUACCUCGAUCACGCAUACAGCAAUCCGCCUUCUGACGGCGCAGCCGGACUAAAGAUCAGUCGGCCGAUGAAGCUCAUGCCUACGGGCAAGGAGCGGAGUGGAGGAGACGCUGAGGAUCGUCAUGAUGAUCCGCAGAGCGAUGCACAUCGGUCAGCAUCGUGGUCGAUGCGCCUGAAGGGUCUCCUCCCGAAGCACGGCGGAGGCAGCACCGAGCACGGUGGGCAUCAGGAGCAGCGCGGUUCGUCGCGGUACACGCGCAUGUUGCGCAGACAGCGGGGCCGCAGCCGGGAGGACAUCGAAGACUGGGUCGAUGUAGGUGAGGAUGGGUCUAUGCGUGAGCGGGCCCGCCCAUCGCUCAUGAUCAACACGUCGUAUGCGUCCUCUACGACGCUUGGCGACCUGCCGGAGGUCGAACUGCCCAAGGAGGGCGCGGGCCCGGUGUCGGCGUGGUCAACGUCCCCCGGUACACCGCCACGGAUGCCUUGGAUGAACGCGGUGUUCCCGACUGUAGCGAGCAAGGCCACCAACCCGUAUCUGCGCUCGAAGUCCACGAACGCUGACCACGCGGCUGUCGACUCGCAUACCAUUGGCAUCAAGGCUCCCACGCCUCAGGUCCCUGUCCCUCUAUACCACGGCUUUCAGGCCCCGCCAGAGACGCCCUCUGCUCGGCUCUCGAUGACACUGCUUCCUCCGCCUGUGCACCCCAGCAGGAAAGAGAUCCUUGUCGAUACAGAUGACGCGGUGCGCCACUCGUUGACCUCUGAGCUCUCUCCAUUCAGCCUCUACCCGCAACAGCCCACACUCCGGGUUCAGAGCUCUAUACGCCUCGUGACUAUCACACAGGCGCGACAGCCCUCCCUGGUAGACCCAUUCGUGACGCCCUUUGACGACGAGAAUAGGGUCCGGGGGCAGGUCUCCUCGGGCGACCACUUCGCAGACUUCUCUGAGAGAACCAAUUGGUCCACAAACCCGUUCAUUGCGACUUCUCAUUGAGACUACUGACUUAACGAACACGGACAACUUUGGACCUUUUUUGACUAAUGUAUCUCAAAGAUCAUCUGGCAUGUUGGCUAAUCGUUGUUGCUUUCACGUUACAUACUUCCUGAACUACACUGAUAUUGAGAUUCGUUGUUUACGACUUGUAGCCCAUCAAUGUAGCCCAUACAGCACCUGC